AUGCAAUUCAACAACUCCCCGUGGAAUGCCACGGGCACCACUCCGGGCUUCGCCGGUCAGGCCCUGGGCUGGAUGCGUUUCUUCUGUUGCACAAUACCCGCGCGUGGCCUGCAAGCCUCGUUCACCUGGGAGCUAUCUCGCAAGUUCUGGUAUUCUUUCCUCUUCGUCUCCAUUUUCUUCGCCAAGCUCUUGCAUAUCUGGGCCCAUAUCGAUUCCAUCCCCGUCGGAACUCUGUUCCUCUGGGGCUCGACUUUUUUCGUACAAGACAUCAUCUUCCUGUUUUUGGCGCACGUCUUGUCGCGCAGCUACCAGCACAAAUGGAUUCGCAUUGGUGCUGCUACUUCCAUGAUCGUGGCUAGUCUCGUCCUCUCAGUCAUGGCCGCUGCCAAUACUUCCUUCUACUUCACUACCGGAGCCGAAAUCCACUGGCGCCAGGCCGGUGGGUUCAACCGCGACCCCGCCUCCAUCAACACUUUGCUCACCGGUCUCACCGGUCUCGUCAUCGUCGAGGCUCUCUAUAUCGUGGUGGCUGCACUUGCGACCCCGCACCUCUAUAAUGCCGUGGGUGGGGUGAUGCACACCUGGAGCGCAUUCUUUGCCUUGAUUACCAAGCCCCUCAUCCCCGUCAUCAAGCCCGCGUUUAGGUCUCUGAUGGAGAUGGUCUUCCGCCGAUGGAGCAGAGGACGCAAGCUGUUUGAGGAUUUGAAGAUCUAUGAGCCAGUUCCUCUGGGUGACUAUGAAGACGACGAGGACAAGAUGAACUCGGCUCCUUUGCUCGAUCAGCCUACCCAGUCGCGAUCCAAUGAGGAGGACUUCGGCCUCGGCCUCGGCCUCAAGCAGCGCUGGAUGAACAGGAUGAACAGCGGCUUCGACGAUUUGAAACAGGACUGGAGACCAAUCGCCAAGCGUGCGCUGAUCAUUGUCCCAACUGCAAUCAUCUUCAUUCUCCGUCUCGCCCGUCCCUCCGAGCAAGCGCUCUGGUUCAUGUCCCAAACAGUCAUCAUUUCCCCCUUUGCCGGUGUCGAUUCCAAGGGCAAGCUUCAGAUGAUCUCAGACGACCCUUAUCUGCACGGCAAGCUGACGGCUCUGACCGCACCCCCUCGUUGGGAUUGGUUUCCCGAGGGCGACUGGCCUGGAUUCCGCGACUGGGAGAAGGGCGGAUUCGACGGCAACAAGUACUCCCACUACAACGCCACUGAGGACCCUCUGACCAUUUCGAACCUGGGCGAGGACAUUCUGGAGCCUCUCCGGGAGGCUCUCCACAGCGGCAAGGUGAACAUCAAGCAUAUUUUCGUCUUCAAGAUGGAGAGCACCCGCUACGACGUCUUCCCCCUCCGCAAAGGCUCUUAUAUGCACGAGCGUCUCGUCAAGUCCCACAAGAAGAAUCGCAUUCCCAAGGACGUCCAGCGCCGUCUGGCCAACCUGACCUCGGUCGCUGAACGCUUGACUGGUGCCGAAUCUGGAUUUCACAAGAAGGGUGCUAUCAAACCUUAUGGUGGUCUUCGCGCCGACAACUCUUACACUGGCGGUACUUUCACCCUCAAGAGUAUCGAGGCGACCACAUGCGGUCUUUCUCCUCUCGUUAUCGAUUUUAACAAAGAGUAUGAGCACCAUAUAUAUAACCCGUGUUUGCCACAAGUGCUUGACGUUUUGAGUGCCAAAACCAACGACACCAAGAGCAGUGACUACAAGAUGUGGCCCUGGCGUCCGACUUUCAUGCAGUCGAUUACCGAUACCUACGAUCACCAGAACCUGCUGUCCCCCGCACUCGGCUUCAAGCCGGAAAACGUCGUCACAGUCGAGUCUAUCGAUGAGGAUAUCGCGAAUGGCAAGAAUUUCAACUACACCAAGUUCAACUUCUGGGGCUACCCCGAUGGAUCCCUUAAGGGCUACUUCCGCGAAGCCAUCGAAAGGGCCGAGACGAAUCACGAGCGUCUUUUCCUCACUCACCUGACUGGUAUCACUCACCACCCCUGGGAUACCCCCGAUGGAAAGUACGAUGAUCUUUUCGGUACCGAAUCCAACUCUUUCGGUGGAAAGAACGACCAGAUGAACCGCUACUUGAACACCGUCGGCGUCAACGAUAAGUGGUACGGUGACUUUUUGGAUCUUCUAGAGGAGACCGGCGUCGCCAACGAGACCCUCAUUGUCAUGACUGGUGAUCACGGCUUGAGCCUCCCAGAGGACGGCAAUGUGACACCAUAUGAUAACCCCUUAGUAUCGAACUUCCAUGUGCCCCUCAUUUUUGCCAACCCGAACAUUCCGCCUAUCUCGAUCAACUCCUCCGUGAGCUCCGUUCAAAUCCUGCCCACCAUUCUUGAUCUUCUUAAGACCUCCGGAUCUCUUGAUCAUGUGAGCGCCCGCGCUGUUGGCGACUUGCUGCCCAUGUACGAGGGCCAGUCUAUGAUUCGUCCCAUCAUUGCCGAGAAUAACAACACCGCCUACUAUCAAUUCACCGUAAUGAACACCGGUGGCUCCCUGGUCGCCAUGCGCUCCGCUAACCGCCCAUACCGCCUCGUCGUUCCUCUGGUUAACGAGGUUGAGUGGCGCUUCAGCGACCCUUCCACGGACCCCCAGGAGCAGAGCCCCAUCAAGUCAUUCGACCUGGACGGCCUGUUCAAGGCCAUUGAGGAACAGCACGGUUCUGACGCCGUGAAGUGGACCCAUGAUGCAUCCCAUGCCGCUCAGUGGUGGGUCGCUGACAACUGGCGCCGCUACGAAUAUGACCCAUCCCGGCCGAAGGCGCCAUCCAAAUCAGGCUGGGCUGACGGAUAUAAGGGGCCAUGA